AUGCGGCCCCUGGUCCAGUGCCACAAUGUCGGCCGGUUCCGGCGCUUCGGCACAACCACCUCCUACUGGCUUUUCCGCAUCGGCGACACGGUCAUCGACUGCGGCCCGUCCAAUGUGUCGGCCCGGGUGGACCGGCUCUUCCGGUCCUUCCACGCGGACCAGGCCCCGACAUCGGUCCUGGUCACGCACCACCACGAGGACCACACAGGCAACGCCGGGCUCCUGCAGGCCCGCCACCAGCUGCCGGUCUACUGCACACCGAUGACAAGCCAGAUCGUGCAGACCGGUUAUUUCCAGGAGUGGUACCGACUGGCCAUUUGGGGCCGGUUCCGGGCAUUCAGCCCGACCGGCGUGCUGGGGCCGAGCUUCGACGCCGGGCCCGACGUCGGGCCGCUGGAGCCCAUCCACACACCUGGCCACAUCUUCGACCACCAUGCCAUCUUCGCGCCCGAGCACAAGAUCCUCUUCGCCGGGGAUAUGUUCAUCGCCCGGCGGCGGAAGGCCUACCGGCUGGAUGAGCGCCCGCGGGUGGAGAUCGCCUCGCUCGGGCGCCUGGUGGACACGCUGCCGGCCGGAACGCGGCUAUACUGCGCGCACCGAGGCGACGCCAUGGUCGAGCAGGACGGGGCCCAGCUUCUGCGCGACCGGCGGGACUUCCUGCGGGGCCUGCGCGACACCGUGGUCCAGGAGGUAACCCGCGAGCUGGGGUCCUUCGAUGAGGUGUCGGAGCUGGUCAGCCGCCGGGCCCUGGCCGCGGCCCAGGGGUUCCGGACCCGGCAGCGCCUGGUCCCGGCCCCGCCGGCCACCGGCGAGGAGGCCGCCUUCCUGGCCGCCAUCGAGCAAACCGUUCGCCGGCUGUCGGAGCGCCUGCUCGGGCGCGAGGGCUUCCUGGCCCUGAUCACCGCCGAGGACCACGCCAAUGUCAACCUCAUCCGCGGGAUGCUGAUCGACCCGCGCGUGGAUGACGGAUCGGCCCAGCUCGGCCUCGAGCGCUUCGCCGACCCGGCCCUGCUGCACGAGUAA